GAUGCGACAGAGGACGGAUCGUCAACCGAGCCACUGUGCCAGCCCCAAAGAAAAUAUAUAAAUGGUUAUGGGAUUCUUCAGAGUCUGCCUGUUCUUCUUCGUCGCCACCAUCACUUUGUGCAUCACAAGACAAGCUUUUGCGUUGGAAUGUGCCGUGUGCCUGCCAUCCGACGAGGAUGCCUCUAUCGCUAAAGAGAUACGUCGACUUUUUCCCGAAGACGAGUCCACUUUGAUUGGUUGUAGCCAGUCCAACGCAACGGACGAGAGCGCCAUUGUAAAAACUUGCCCUCCUGAAAGUUCUAGCUGCCAUAUCCAAAAAACCAAAGAAUGGAUUGCCAAGACCUGUUCCAGAAUUUCAGUUGACGACUGUAAAACAGCCAAUCGGGUGAAGUACUGCUACUGCAAAACUGACCGAUGCAACAUGCAAAAUUUUACCGUUUCCACAACAACAACCGGCGCGAUGACUGUGGAAACAAUCGAAACUACAACGAGUGCUGCACCGAGCAGCACUACUACCCCGGCAGUUGAUAAACUACACCACACGACAUCGCGACUUAGGCCGAUGGAUUCAACGAGGAAAUCAAAUUCAUCCAUAAGAAAAUCGGACCACUGGCUAAUAUUAUCAUGCCUACUUAUGCUUAUCUUUCGAUCGCAAAACAAACUUAAUUUUACCGACAAAUUGUACAAAUGAUGGUUAAACAGUUAAAUUGAAUCAAAUGCUUCUCACAAUCAUAACGCUAUAAUAACUUAAUGUUGUUACCACAACAAAUGCGGAAUACGGAAUACAGACCUAAUUUUUAAAUAUCA